CUUGGCCUUGGCAUAUCAAUUUUUACUCAUCAAAGAACCGAAUCAACGGUGCCAUUAUUAGCUCACGCUCUCUCUCUUACUCUCUUUCUCUCUUUCUCACACACACUUCAAAGACCUCAGAACAAGAGAGGAACAACACAAAGGGGUUAGAGGAACCAAGUAAAGAACCUCUUUUUUCGGGUUAAAAGGGCUUAUUCCCUUCUGGGUAUCCAUCAAAUCAAUCAUCCUUUUUUUCCCUUUUCAUUCUUUGCUUCUUUCCUACUCUGCCAAACCCAGAAAUUUUUCUGAGGUCUCGAUCGAUUCUAGAUUUGGAUAAGUGGGUUCUUGUUUUCAGUUCUAUAGGGUUUCUUUUUCUGUAAAUGGAUUUGGAUAGUAUUGAGUGUGUAUCGUCUUCUGAUGGUCUCGAUGAGGAUGAGAUUCAUCUGCACCACACCCUUCAUCCUUAUUCCCAAUCUCAUCAUCAUCCCGAGUUGUCCGCAUCUAAGCCUCGUUAUGGAAACAAUAAUACCGCUGUGAACGGUGGUCCCACUGCAACUGCGCCGGCAACUAACGUUCAUGAAUUGCUGGAAUGCCCUGUGUGUACUAAUUCUAUGUACCCUCCCAUCCAUCAGUGCCACAAUGGACAUACCUUAUGUUCCACAUGUAAAACGAGAGUUCAUAACCGGUGCCCAACUUGUAGACAAGAGCUUGGAGAUAUUAGGUGCUUGGCACUGGAGAAGGUGGCAGAGUCACUUGAAUUGCCUUGCAAGUAUUAUUCAUUGGGUUGCACUGAGAUAUUUCCAUACUACAGUAAACUUAAGCAUGAGGGUUUGUGCAACUACAGACCCUAUAGUUGUCCAUAUGCUGGGUCAGAAUGCUCUGCUAUUGGGGACAUUCCUUUGCUUGUUGCACAUCUGAGGGACGAUCAUAAGGUGGACAUGCACACUGGCUGCACAUUUAACCAUCGCUAUGUUAAGUCCAAUCCAAGGGAAGUGGAGAAUGCCACUUGGAUGCUUACUGUUUUUCAUUGUUUUGGUCAAUAUUUCUGCCUUCACUUUGAGGCUUUUCAGCUUGGCAUGGCUCCAGUGUACAUGGCUUUCCUCCGUUUCAUGGGCGAUGAGAAUGACGCCCGAACGUACAGCUACAGUCUCGAGGUUGGUGGAUAUGGGCGAAAACUGAUAUGGGAGGGUACACCACGAAGUAUUAGAGAUAGUCAUCGAAAAGUUAGGGACAGCCAUGACGGAUUAAUUAUCCAAAGAAAUAUGGCUCUUUUCUUCUCUGGUGGGGACAGAAAGGAACUGAAGCUGAGGGUUACGGGAAGGAUAUGGAAGGAACAAAACCCGGAAGCUGGUGUUUGCAUACCAAACCUUUGUAGCUAAAAUUGAAGUGUUUACUUAAUGCCCGCCUUUCUUUGUGUUUUUGACAGUAUUUUGCUUUGUACCUAUUCUCAUAUAUUGUAACGGGUGAUAUUUUUUAAUUGUAUAUACUUGAGAAUUCUUGAUCUUCCAA